AUGGGCGGACACGUCGAGGUAAUUGUACUGUCCCCGGCCCCUGCCGAAGAGGAGGAGGAGGCGCAGGUGGAGACGCAGGAAGGGGCGCUGAAGGGUAAGCAGGAUCAAGAAUUGUGGCGGCAGAUUAAACGUGUCCCCUUGGGAACCAAAGUUCUGACAAGAUGCCUUACUCUUUCCUCUCCAGGAGAUAGAAGUGGAGAGAACAGCAAGGAGAGAGGAGGAGGAGGAGCAGACAGCGAGGACAGAGGAAGAGAAGGAGAGAGAGAAGCAAGUGAAGCAACAGGAGAGCGAGCUAAUGGAUAUAAAGGACCCAAGAGAGAAAUGCAGAAGGGCGUGAGCAGCCCAGGGGCAGCCCUGGCUGAUGGGAAGAAAGGCAGUGAGGGGCGGAGAGUGACGGAGGGGGGCCGGGGUAGGGUGGUGAGGGUUGGCGAACAGGGUUCCCGAGGGGCGGCUCGUCUGGGGCAGCAGCCCAGGAGCCUCAGUUCGGGUAGAGGCGGCGUGGCGGACGCUCCAGCCAAGGGAACCUCCCUCGCCAAUCAGGGAAGGAGAGCCUCCCCCGUCGACGUCCCUGGCUACAAGAGACACAGAACAAACAGUGGCGGCGACGACAAACAGUUGUCCAUCGAGCGGAAACAGCACCGUGGAGACGUCAAAGGUUAUCCCAACGACGCGAGACGCCCCGCCAGCAGCUUAAGCAGACGCCCCAACGGUGCGAGAGUCGAGGUGUCCCUCGGGCACAGCCUCAACAGGAAGGGCGAGAUGCGGCGGGACUCCCAGUCAAAGGGGUCCAAGUUGGCGCCGCCGGAGGGAGGAUCGCGGGCCGGUUCACCGGACCUGUCGGGCGGAAAGUCACCUUCAAGUGGGAGGUCAACCCCCUCCAAGUCGCCAACUCCGGUAGACGAAAAAGCUAAAUCAAUCAUCAAUAAAACUUCUGAUACAGAUAAGGUGAUGGCGCAGUUCGUGACCCAGGAGGGCGAGGAGGGCGGGAAGGCCAGGGGCGGCAGCGACGCCUCGGCCGCCCCCACCGCCGCCCACACCAGGUCCAGCAAGCCGCCCGUCGAGGACCGCGCGCUACAAGCAGUACUCGCCGCCCGCAGGAGGAGUCUCGAGAACGCUGGCAAGGCCGAACCGGUUGGUGGGGGUGGGCGUCGAACCGAACCAGAAGCGACGAGUAAAGAGAAGCUGUCGGAGGAAGCCCGGGGCGGCGGCGGCGGCGAGGCGGCCCCGUCGGAGCCGCCGCCAUGGAUGGCCGGUGUGGUGGUGGGUGGCGGGGCGGUGGAGGGCGGCGGAGGGCGGCGGCGGGCGGCGCUCCAGCCCCCCUCCCCGUCGCCCGCCCCAGAUUGUCUUUUGUCACUUAUUGCUCCUCCUUCAAUAGCCAAGCUGAUUGAAUCAUCAGGCACGGCUAAUGACUUAAUUACCUCCACCACCAACGACCCCUACAGCAGUACCAACUGUCUCAAGACCCAUAGACAUGCUACUGUCAUUACAACGAGACAUGACAAACGUCAGCCAGAAAAGUAUUCGGUAUUCAUUCUCUGGUAA